CCUGUGUAUGGAUAUUAGAGGAGUUCAGUCUAAAUGUUUACUGUGCUGUUUGGAUAAACGUGUGUUACCGUGAUGGAUGUGAGAGUUAAUGCUGAAUGUGAAGGUAAACUGAAGGUAUCUGCCUCCUCCUCCUCCUCCUCCUCCGGCUUUAUUUGCUCCAUAUGGUGUUUGACAUGGUACCCAAGAAAGAAGAAAAAAAAACUUGUGUGGGCGGAGGAAAAGCCUAGUAUUUUGUCCGUCCUGAAAUUUGAUUCAGAAGUUCAGGAUCCUGGAAGACAAAAAGCAAACGGAGGGGGAGGGAAGAAAGGCACAGAAGGACGGAGGGUUUUUUUUUUAAACUGCGAGAAGAGUAAAUUCACCAAAAUACUCUGCAACCUCCGACUAAAGCUCUGUGACUAUGAGCACCUCGGGGCUUCAGGCCACUAACCGGCAGAACGUGAAGGAGCUUGACAGCAUGAAGGAGUCCAUCAGCGACAUCAUCAACCAGCUCCAGGACAUCGACCCAGCCAGGCUCUCCUUCUCCCCCUUCCUGGACCUGGACACUCAGAUCUCCUUGGCUCCGGUGUCUGACAGCCCCGAGUCCUCGGUGGAGGAGCUGCACUCGUCCUCCCACUCCGUCUCCGGCUCCCAGCGCUCUCUGGAGCCGCCACCAGCCACCGAUCAGCCAAAGAGCUCAGCUCCUCGCCACCAGCAGCCCAGCGUCCGCCUCCCAGAAGAGCCUCGGGCCGAUCAGACGGAGGAGGGGGAGCUGGAUCAAACUGUUUCCAGUCCCAUCAUCACGCCGCACAAUUUGGACGCCGCCACGGAAAACUGCAUCGGCCCUCCAACCCCGGCCUCUCAGGGAGAUAUUCCCAACGGCACAGACACACCGAGAUGGAGUCCAGAGUCCACCAAUCUGGACUGUACCGCAGAUGAAGGUCGGCCUCUGAUAGGCCCGCCGCCAGAGAGCGUGGAGCUGGCUGUGUGGAGCUCCGAGGGCCCUGGAGAGACUUGCGCAGCCGCAGAGGAGGCUUCAGAUCGAGGACGAUGCUGCUGCCACUGCUGCCAGUGCAGAUGCUGCCAGAGCGGCCGAGUUCCUGCUUUCUUCUCAGUCCUGGCGUCUCUUCUGUGUGCAGCCGGGGUCCUUUAUGCACUCUAUUUCUAUGUCCCCAUUAAGCCCCCCGACUGCCCCGAUAGAAGCAGCCGCAUCGUUUUCACCUUCUGCUGCUGCGUGGUGGCUGCCGUCCCCAUCCUGCUCGCGAUGCUUGUGGGUGCAGCGUGUCAGUUCUGCACCGCUUCCUUCAAUCUGCAGGAGCCAAUUCCCAGAAGAAAGGCGCUUCAGCAGCACUUUGUCACGUCGUCCUUGGAACAGUUGCUCCUCUACGUCCUCAACCUUGUCGUUAUGGCCGCUUUACUGCCACAAGACCAGCUGAAGUUGGUGCCUAUACUGGUUGCAAUGUUCAUCUUUGGAAGACUUGUUUACUGGGUCAGCCUGAACAUGUGCAGCUCCUGGCGAGGCUUCGGCUCUGGCCUGACCAUCUUCCCGCUCCUCGCCAUGGUGGCUCUCAAUCUGUUCCUCAUGUACAUCCUCAGUCUCAAUGAGCCACUUUUUGGCUCUCAGGACGUCCUCUAUAAUCAGGUCACCCCCUCUUCCUGGUCAGAGGAGACAUCACAGAGCCCGAGUGGCAAACCAGACAUCUUACCCACAGACAUCCUGGACGCUCAGUGAGGAGGCGAGCUGCGCUUUCUUCUCUAAGAGGAGGAGAUCUUUCCAAAAAUAGGCCAUUCCUGUGGUCUGCAGUUCAGCACAGCUACACAUGCUGCCACUAUAACCUCCAACUCUGUGACGGCUUAACUUGUGAUUUUGCUCCUCCUAUACACAACCUUUUUUAUGUGGAUUCAUGCUUAUUAUCUGAAUUGCGAGAGCUCUGCCCGCUAGUGGCCGGGGAUGCCUUUGAACAAUACUGUAGUCAUAAAACAUUUGUCCUUUUAAGCUAUUCCAGUGCCUAUAUUUAAUGUUUUGAACUCUAAGUACUUAAAAGCUGUGAUAUAUAUAUAUAUAUAUAUAUAUAUAUAUAUAUAUAUAUAUAUAUAUAUAUACAUGGCUGAAUUUGGUUUCUCCUUAAAAAGAACAUGCAGCUAGUGUUGUCAGUUUGUGUUAUUAUUUCAACUGUCCGAAAAGUUUGUACAUGAUGAAGUCAGAUUAAAAGCCAUUUGUAAAAAAACGUCUUUCCAUCGUUGGUUUUCCGUUGACCAGUUGUUUCUUUAUGCUUGGACUCAGCAGCUAUUCCUGGAGAAGCGGCACUGUGUGUUUUCAGCGCCGGGACUGUCAUUAUGUGAUAACAUGCUCUCCAUGUUGCUCUCCAUCCCCACCCUGCUGGCGUCCUCACUGCGGCUGAUGAACUCGCUCGGUUUGCGGCACCAAAAAGAAGCCCAAACAAAAACAGGAUAAGAUGCACUUUCAUUCGACCACUCCGUCGAGGAGAGAUUAAUGAGC